GAAUAAUGUAUCAAAGAGUUCCUAAGCCUUUGUCUUACCUUAAUAAAUGAUCACUAACUUAUAUAUAUCCAUAUCUCCAUAACAAUCUUACCUUUGCUUAUUAUGUCUGAUAACCUCAAAACCUCCUCCAUGGAAACAACAUGGAGGCUCAUCUUCCUUAGCUUUGCCUUCUCGAUCAUCAUAUUUCAAAUCAGGGCUCAUCCAACCCCGAAAGUCGGGUUUCGUGUUGAUCUGACUCGUGUUGAUGCCAACGGUAACUAUACCAAAAUUGAGCUUCUCCAACGAGCCACACGACGUAGUCAUCAUCGUCUAGCACGGCUGAUCGCUGGAUCAGUUAAAUCCGUUGCAGCCUCUCCUCCCACAGAUCAAUAUUCGGCGCCUGUCCACGCCGGCAACGGCGAAUUCCUAAUGGACCUAUCUAUCGGCACUCCGCCGGCAGCCUUCUCUGCCAUCGUCGACACCGGCAGUGAUCUAAUCUGGACUCAAUGCCUACCCUGCAGCGAUUGCUUCAACCAGCCGACGCCGAUCUUCAACCCAAAAAAAUCCUCUUCCUACUCCAACCUCCCCUGUUCCAGCAGCUUCUGCGCCGCCCUCCCCACCUCCUCCUGCUCCAUCUCCUCCGGUCUCUGCAACUACCUCUACACCUACGGCGACUCCUCCUCUACCGAAGGCGUUCUCGCGGCCGAGACCUUCCGCAUCGGCUCGCCGGACCCCACAGCCGCGCCAGCCAUCGCCUUCGGCUGUGGCGACGACAACCAAGGAGCCGGCUUUUCACAAGGUGGCGGACUCGUCGGACUCGGCCGGGGGCCUCUUUCCCUCAUCUCUCAACUCAAACUCAACCGCUUCUCUUACUGUCUUACAUCGUUGGAUGACUCAAAGGCGAGUCCUUUACUCUUCGGCGAGCUAGCGGAGCUCAAAGCGAGCACGACGGCGAAGCUUUUGAAGAAUGAACAGCAACCCAGCUUUUAUUAUCUGUCAUUACAGGGUAUAUCCGUCGGGGGGAAGAAGCUGGCGAUUCCAAAUGGGACAUUUGAUUUGCAGAGUGAUGGAAGUGGAGGAGUUAUUAUUGAUUCGGGGACUUCGAUAACGUAUUUGGAGGAGGCAGGUUAUAAGAAGGUAAAAAAGGCGUUUUUGGAUGGGGUGAAUUUGCCAGCAGCGGACGGCAGUGACGUAGGACUAGAUGUUUGUUUUUCGACGCCGGCGGGGCAGGACGAGGUGGAAGUUCCGAAGCUGGUGCUGCACUUCGACGCCGGCGGCAGCGGCGUAGGAGAUUUGGAGUUACCGGCGGAGAAUUACAUUGUAUUGGACUCGUCGACGGGAUUGUUAUGUUUGACGGUGAUGGGAUCGAGCGGAAUGUCGAUAUUCGGGAAUUUUCAGCAGCAGAAUUUGCAUGUUUUGUAUGAUUUGGAGCAGGAAGCCGUGUUGUUCCAGCCGACUCAGUGUGACCAGUUGUGAUAAGUCAGAAGGGAAAGUCGGCCAAGUUUGGGCCGUCUUAGUUGUCCGAAUAGUUUGGUUCAUUGUGGUUGGCAUUUGAUUUAUAAAUACUUGAUAUAUAUCAGAUGAUCUUUGUGAGUAAUAAUAAAUAUGAAGUGAAAGAAUAA